AUGGGAUAUAAGAUAUAUUCUAACUCUGAUUUAGUUCAAACAGUAACAUGGGCAAACUAUGAAUGGUUCGCUUUGAGAAACUCAGUACAACCACAAGCUAGAGAACAAACAGACCAGUACGCAACUAUUGAGAAAAUAAGAAGACUUGACCCUAACGUUCCAGGAGUUUAUGUUGACCUUUCUGGACAAACUGCAGCAGCAGUAACCAAAGUAAAACUGAAACUUAGAGUUCCUUUGUCAUCUUUCCUCAUCUUCAGGUUUUUAAGAUACUUGCCAAACUGGGCAGGAAAAAUUUCUAUCGAACUUACUCCAAGCAAAAAUAACUUAGUCAUUGCACCAACACAAGACCCAUUCACUCUUACUGUAGCUGGAACUGGUGGAGCCAAGUUCUGUGACUUUUGCAAAGACAAAGUUGACUUAGACUUUGGUUUCUCAAACCUCAACACUGAAGUAAACUAUUAUUUCAAUGCUGCUGGAGAUGCUUGGGACCCAGUUAAGUUCACAUGCGAAAAGUUUGAAUGCAAGAGAAUAGAAAGCAGACUUGCAGUCUAUAUGUUGGACCCAGAUAUUUCAAAUGCUUUAGCUGCCAAAUAUAUUGCAGUUCCACUUAUGUUCCCUAUACACCAAAUAUCUGUCAAAGACUUUGCAGGUGAAGUUGGAAACCAAAGUGCUGACCCAGGUGCAAGAACAGAUAUUGCCUUAACAACUGCAAUGAAACAUGCAGAUACUAUGUUUGUACUGUUCAGACGAACUAUAAAUGACUAUUCUUGUUUCUACAACCCCGGUAUUAAAUAUCAUAUAAACAUAGAUGGCAAAUACUAUCCAAGAGAAGAAUAUUCCACAGUUGAGGAUAUGAGGUCAUACAACUUGACAUUAGAUGCUAUGAACUUUAACAACAACUUCACAACAACCAUUAACCCUGAAAUGCAAAGUUCUAUUAUGCCAUAUGUGAAAGUAUGGACUCAUACAGGAGCUCAAAAAACUCAAUAUACAAAUGGAGACCGUUCAAACUUUUGGCUUGGCAUUCCAUUUGCUGACUCAGAAGACUUUAUGGGUGGUAUUUCAACUGUUGGUACAGUUCAAAUACAAUAUACUGGUGACAGAGACGGUCCAGAUGAAUUGAAAGCAAAGAAGUUUACAAAACCAAUAGCACUUUUCACGGAAGAUGCUCUUUUGAAGAUUCGUUCGAUGAAACCUGCUGGGGCUCCUCAGAUUGGUAUAACGACAGCUUCCAUCGAGCAGAUUUUGGCAGCAGGUCAGUAA